GCUGUUUAAGCGGGCUGGGUUGUCAGGCGAGACUGCCAUUAAAAUUGUAGUAAAUUUUAGUUUCGUUUUUCCUCGUCCAGCCCAAAACAGGAUGUUUUUGCGACAGUUUAGAGCCUUUUUCCGAAUCCACCGCCAAGUUUUUCAAACUUUUAGAGCCCACUUUCGGAGUUUCCUCAUCCCCGGCUUCCGCAAUAGGUUUUCUAAGAGGGUGGCAACUCUACUACCGCUGGUAAUACUCCGAUCCGCGGAUUGCAGGCAAAAAGAUGUUGAGGAGGUGAGGCGACCAAGCCGGAAGCGAACCAUGAGCAAGGUCAAGUACGAGACAUGUCUGGAGGGCAGGGCGCAGCUCUAUCUCAACGCCAUAAAGGUGCGGUGGGAGCAGCUGCACAAGAUUCCCGGGCUGUUUUCGUAUCAAUUGCAGAAAACUCCACAGUGCCGACGAAUUCCAGGAUCUUGGGGCUUCUACACGGAGCUCAAUGCAGACCGUUCCGUCAAGCGCCGUCGUCCGCAGACCAUCGAGAACCUCAAUCCCAGCUUCAAACCCAACAUGUUUAACUUCAACAAAGUCAAUGCUCAGGAGGUUAUAAUGACCAUUGAUGACGCCUUUGGGAGUCCCGAAGUCCAGAUGAUCAUCAACAAGAGUCCCAUUACCAAGUAUCAUACUCUUAUCUGCCCGGAAGUGGAAAAAAACCAUGUUCAACGGAUUACCCGUGAUGUUCUGGAGUUCUGCAUUACUUUUAUGAGAAGUAUCAAUGACAAGGACAUGCGUAUGGGUUAUAACAGUCCAGGGGCUUUAGCCUCUGUGAAUCAUCUGCACUUUCACCUACUCCACAUGCCGCAGGACCUGUAUAUAGAUCAAGCACCACUGGAUGAGCUGGCCGGUGGUUAUGUGUAUCGCUUGAGUCGAAGGGCUCCCACGGAAGCCAUCUGUAUAGUAUUUAACGAGGAUGACAACGAUAAACAGGUGGCGGAGAAGGUUGACCAACUCUACAAGCUGGCCAUGUGGAUGUGCCAGAACAAUAUGCCACACAAUCUGUUUAUCACGCAGGAUCGAAGAAAGGGCAAAAGCGGUAACGUUCAGGUAUUUGUGUUUGCCCGCUCCGAAUACUGCGUUAACAAGGAUUUAGCCGACUUCAAUGUGGGAUUCUGUGAAUUAGCUGGCUACAUUCCGCUGCCAGAUCCCGAUAAAUUGGAGAAUCUAACAGAACUACAGGUUCUCUACAGGAUCCGCACUGUCACUGGCGAAGCUCCAAAAGCUGUGUAUGAGGAAAUGACGCAUAUUGUGGAAGGAUGUGAGCAAUCUCUUUGGGACCUUCCUUUGACGAUAUGAAACACUUAAAUUAAACAACCAGAGGCUUCUUUCUAGACUAA